GGAAUCACGGUUGUUAAGCCGAUCGUGUACGGAAAUAUCGCGAGUUAUUUCGGCAAGAAGCGUGAAGAAGAUGGCCAUACUCAUCAGUGGACUGUUUUUGUAAAAUCGUAUGCUAAUGAAGAUAUGUCUGUCUACGUCAAGAAGAUGAAUUUCAAACUACAUGAAAGUUAUGCCAACACAAACAGAGUUAUAACACGACCCCCUUACGAGGUCACAGAAACUGGGUGGGGCGAGUUUGAGGUCAUUAUUAAAAUCUACUUCAACGAUCCCAACGAGAAACCGGUCACCAUAUAUCACCUGCUGAAACUCUUUCAAAGCGACACAGAUAUAAUGUCCGGCAAGAAGAAUUUAGUUUCUGAAUCUUACGACGAAAUGGCAAGCAAUUUUUACUAUUUUCCUUUUUGUAAUCAUUCUGUUUUCCAGGACCCAUCAGUUCUAAUGCACAGACUGUUGACACAACCUCGUCCACUUCAUUUAGGAAACUACAUGCACGAAACAAAUUUUGAAGAGAAAAAACAACGUCAACUGGCGGCCAUAGAACAGGCGUCUGCUAAAAUCAAACAGCAGAUCCAGAAGCACACAGACCAUUUGAAGCAGUGUAAGGAGGAUAUGAUUAAAUUCAAACAAGAAAUAAAUCGACUCGAUGGCGGAAAUGCAUUUAUGGUGGGCAUGUAA